AUGAGCAACAAUGAUCAGAGGUUGUUGAACCCGAACCCGAACUCGAAUCCGGAAAGGGUGCUGGCAAUCCCAGUGAAGAAGACUGAUCCGGUGGAGCUGUACCGACCGUUACGCGAGUUGGUAGCGAGAAAAUACUCAGAGAGCGAUGCACAGAAAGUUGAAAGCGUUCUCGAAACCCUAAACAAAUGCCGCAGCGACAUGGUGGAGCGGGGGGACCUCUCCCUUCCCAUGCAACGUGACUGCCUCAUCCACUACUUCAAAUGCCUCUGCAUGGUUGAGCCACUCUUCACCGCUAUCUCCUCCGACGCCGAUUCCGAACUUAUCAACUUUGUCUGGUACGACGCCUUCUACUCUGAGCAUAAUAAUGGAGUCAGCUCGCAGCCCAACAGCAUCCAAUUGGAGAUGGCUGCUGUUGUCUUCAACCUUGGCGCCGUAUGCAGCCAGAUUGGGGCCUCUUCCGACCGCACCACCGCCCUUGGCCGUCAUCUUGCAAUGGACGCCUUCAAUGCUGCCGCCAUAUUCUUCUUGAAACUCUGGAAGGAUCUCGUCAAGGACGUCUCCGCCACCCUCGACUUGACUCUCCUCUUCGUCGAGAGUCUUCACUGCCUCUUCUCCGCUCAGGCUUUGGAGCUCAAAUCACAGCAACAACUCAAAGACAACAGCAGUUCGGCUUUCGAAAAAUAUAGAUGUGCCGUUUCGUUUCAAUCGGCUUCUGAGCAUUAUCAGAGAGCGUAUGAUCUGAUAGUAGUUGAUUCGGUUGCAACCGAGCAUGUCCACAAAUUUGACCAAACCUGGAUAACUCAUCUUCAUCAGAAGAAGGAAUUCUUUCAAGUGGAGGCACGUCAGAGGCUAUCAUCCGUCCAACCCAUAUCCCAGCCACUUAGAUCAUUCUCAUCUAUCUGUGCUCUUGAUCAUGAUGCAGAAUCUGUCAAUGAAAAAUUAGUUAGAAGGAGUAUACCUUGA